AUGGCAGCUGCUCUGAACCUCUCGAAGCCCGACCGCACCAUCCAUCUUGGCGUCAUUCUGCUCAACAGGCAAGUCGAAACUCUCCCCAGCGAGACUGAGAUCCUUGAUGUUGCUCCCAUUGACCUCAUCCACGGCGUGAGCAAGCACUUCACCGACCCCAUGCCGGACGCCUUCCUGCCUCCCGAGCUCAAAGCCCAGGCCCUCGACAUGGAGUUCCACUGGGUCUCCGAGACGGACCGUCCCUGUCGCCUGACCAGCAGCAUAUCGAUGAAUCCAACCGACACCUUCGAGACGUGUCCGCCCCUCGACAUUGUCCUGAUGGGUGCCCAUCAUCCCAGCUACACGCCCAGCGCCGCGGAGCUCGCGUACAUCCGGAAAGCCUACGACGCCAGCGCCGCCUUCCUCACCAUCUGCGGCGGCCUCAUGGCCCCUCUCCAGGCGGGCAUCCUCGACGGCAAGACGGUCACGGCGCCGCGCUUCAUGCUCGGGCAACUGCGCGAAACGAACCCGGGCUCGACGUGGCUCGAGAAGCGCUGGGUUCGGGACGGGAAGCUGUGGACGAGCGGCGCCCUGCUGAACGGCGCCGACAUGGUGUCUGCGUUUGUGCGCGAGCAGUGGGGCCGUCAGGAGGGGAGCCUUGCGGGGAUGAUGGCAGAUGUCGGGGCUUGGCCGAACCGUGAUGUUGAUUAUAGAGAUGCGUAG